GCAAAGACAUGGGUAAAGGCUCUCCUGCACUGUAGCAUGCUGGAUUUCACAGACAGACAGACAGACAGACAGACAGACAGACAGACAGACAGACAGACAGACCCCUGCCAACCCACCACAGAACAGACAUACUCACACCAACCCUAAAACACUCUCCCCCGUGCAGUGUGGUUGUACCAGUGCAGUGUGGUUGUACCAGAAAAACUGGACGGAGACAAAAACAUGGAUGCAGAGAAAACAGAAGAAUGAAGAGAGAAGCAGAAGAAGAAAGAAGGAAAAGAAAGUCGACUUAAUGGAAGAAUAUAUACUAUGAGGAGAACAGAAAACAGAGUGAAAGGAUACAAAGAAGGAGAGCUGAGAUCCAGUACUAACACAGUACAGGACGGUGUAGAAGUGUGACUGUCGUGGUGCAGAAUGGGAAAUUCUUCAUCCCCAGGCAUGUCAACUCUAUCUCCGUGCACACUGUAGUUACUGCAGGUCGGGAGAGAAGAAAGGGUCACAUGAUCUCCACUGGGGAUGCAGAGUUCCCGUGUGAGUACCACACCCUGGGCCACGGCGGCACGCGCCGUUUCCCUCACCACAACAACAACAACGGCGGGCUGGCGCCAACCUCUGGGAGCCGCCAACGCCACAACGCCAUCGCUGCCAAGAGUCUGGAGGCCCUUACGAACCUUCACAAGGCUGACAUAAAGCGCCAGCACGAAGCCUUUAUGGACCUCCAGAAAAAUCAGAAGUACCCGGCCAGCCCCUGUAUGUCUCAAGGCCAGAGAUCACCUAACUUUGGCCGCCAACAGCAGCAACAGCCAAACUACUGGAGUUUCAAGGCCCGUACCCCCCGUGUGGUCCGACGCAGCCCCGACCAGCCGGCUCUAGUCGACCAGGCCAGCAGGGUGUCCUUUGCCUCGGCUGAGAGUCUGGAAACCAUGUCUGAGGCCGACGUUCCCCUCGGGUUCAACCGCAUGAACCGCCUCCGCCAGAGCCUGCCCCUGGCGCGCUCAUCCAGCCAGGCCAAGCUCCAUGCGCCAGGCAUUCUCUUCCUCCAGCUGGGCGAGGAGACGAGGCGGGUGCACCUGACCCACGAGCUGACCAGCCUGGAGACCCUGAGAGCCCUCAUUGUCCACAUGUUUCCCCAGAGGCUCACCAUGGCAAUGCUAAGGUGCCCCAGCACGGCCCUGCUGAUUAAGGACGAGGCCCGUAACGUAUUCUAUGAGCUGGAGGACCCACGAGACGUCCAGGACCGCUGUGUCAUCAAGAUCUACUGUAAGGAGCCUGUCUACGGCACCUACCCCGGACACCACAACCCACAUCUGGCCAACGGAGACCUCCGGAGGGAGAUGGUGUACACGCCCCAGCAGGAUUCUCCGUCCAACCGUCGCCUCAGCAAUGCCCCCGCCUCCUCCUCCGCAUCGACCCCCUCCAGCUCCCCGUCCCGCGUCCGUCUCCUCUACAGUGGCGGUGGCCGUCCAUCCUCCUAUGCCGGGCAACCUCACCUCCAGCAUCACCCCCACACCCACUCCCUCCCCCACCCCCACCACCUCUCGCCCGGGGGCCAGAUUGCGGCCCACCACCACCCGCAGCAGCAUCACCCCCAGCAGCUCCAUCCCCAGCACCACCAUCUCCAGCACCAUGCCCAGGCUAGCUUCUCCCCCAGUGCCAUCCUGGAGCGGAGGGACGUGAAGCCCGAUGAGGAGGUCCACGGUAGUAGCUCCAGAAGCAUGGUGCUCCUGCGGGGCGAUGGAGGGGGAAUCUAUGCCGACCCCUAUUCCCUAGGCCAGGAAGGGGGUCGGCUUAGUCUGGCUGGCCCCCACUCCCCUCUACCCCCGAGGGGAGAUCCCUAUGGCUCUCUCUACCGGCGAGGAGGAGGUGGUGGUGGAGGGUUGGGACCCGGCUCCGUGCGCUCCCUCACUUCCUACUCGGCGGCGGCUCUGCAGGGAGAGCUGAUGGACAGCGGCAUCCUAUACAGGCCUGGAGGCCCGCUGUAUAAUGAUGCUGCCUACGCCGCAUCCAUGUUGGCCAUGGGUUUCCGGGUGCCACCCCCCUCGUCCCCGCAGAAGAUCCCUGACAUGAGGGACUCGUAUUCGGGCACCAUGCCCGGCCGGAGCUCCCCUGGGAGGCAGACCCUGCGGAGGGACUCGGUGUCCUCCUCCGUGUUUGGGGAAAGUGCCAAAGCUAGGGGUCAGGGGUCAGGGUUGGGGUCAGAUCAGCUGUGUCUGAUGGCUGGACCUGGAGGGGAGGGCGGUGGUUUCAGUUCAGCACCAGGUUUAAGUUCACCUCUACCAGGCAACGAGACCGAGACCAGGGGGCGCAUGGAGGUCAUGGAGAAACAGAUAGCCAGUCUGACUGGUCUACUGCAGACUGUUCUGACCAGGGGACCAGAGGCAGAUAGCCCGGAUAAAAUUGAGACGUCCAGUGACUGCUCAGGAACAGACACUGGACGGUUAAAAAAAAAGAAAGCUCUGACGCCAUCGGCUCCGUUGGCCCUGAUGCCGCCACCGCCCACAGGGUCCGCCCAGUCACUGACGGUGUCGCGGCUGCAGAUGCAGAACCACCUGCAUGGCCUGCAGCAGAACACCAGCGAGCUGCGCAUACAGCUGUCUCAGCUGCGCGACAUCCAGUUGGAGAACCAGGACUCGGUGCAGUCCCUGCUGAGGCAGACAGAGUCGGAGCUGAGCCUGAUGAUGCUGGAUGCCAUGCGGACCCAGGAGGACCCUCUGCAGAGGCAGCGUCUCUUAGUGGAGGAGGAAAGACUCAAGUACCUCAACCAGGAAGAGCUGCUCAUCCAGCAGCUGCAUGAUCUGGAGAAGUCAGUGGAGGAACUCCAGAGGAACUCGUCAGUCAACCAUGGCCUGGUGACAGAGCAGGAUGUGGAGCAGAAGAGCAUGGAGCUCAGGUCUUUGGGAGAGACCCUCACAGAGCUCAAGAACCAGUUCCCCAGUCUGCAGAGUAAGAUGCGGGUGGUGUUGAGGGUAGAGGUGGAGGCUGUCAAGUUUCUAAAGGAGGAACCACACAGACUGGACACACUGCUGAAACGCUGUAACACUAUGACCGAUACACUGACCACACUACGAAGUGUAUUGUAUACCACCUGUACGUACAGAAAAGUGACCGAGGGCCUGUGGAAGGGCCAGGACGACAUCUGCAGCCAGUCAGCCAAGCGAACUGAGGACACAGGAAAGAACUCGGACCUCGACAUCCUGACCAGUCCACCGCUCAGCCUCAAUGACCUGGGUGGCAGUGCCAGCCUUGCCAACUGGAUGCCCAUAUCAAGCAGUGACCCGGACACCUCGGGACCUGAGCAGGAUCCCCACCCUACAGCCAGCUACAGAAGCCGGGUCCUGGAUGAGCUGCCGAGCCGCCGCGGUGCUGACAAAUCAGUGUCCGUGGAGGUCAGACUGGCUGCAGAGCGGGACUGGGAAGAGAAGCGGGCCAGUCUGACCCAGUUCAGUGCCCAGGACAUCAACCGUCUGCUGGAGGAGACGCAAGCUGAGCUGAUGAAGGCCAUCCCAGACCUGGACUUCGCUGCCAGGCAGAUCAACAAGCCCGUGGUGCCCCCCAAACCCCACCCCAAACCUCAGUUUACCACCCCUGUCACUACCUCUACCAGCGCGUUCACCGCCUCUAGUAUCCUCACUACUACCAGUACUGAGCACCAGCCCAACAAGGUCCAGAUCACUGCCCUGAAGCUGGAAGAGGGAUCACGUCGUGGAUCUGCGGAGAUGACCGUAACCAGGUAUCGCACUGAGAAACCCUCUAAGUCGCCGCCUCCACCCCCUCCUCGCCGCAGCUUCCCAUCAGCCCAUGGGCUCACCACCAAUCGCACUGGAGAAGUGACCGUCACCACCAAGAAGAAGCUGGAGCCAGAAGACGGAGAGGCCCCGAAGACUCUGGUCAAGCUGAGAAGGACACCGUCUGACACCCCUCGCCCCGCCUCCACUCCCCCCGUCAUCGCCGCCUCAGCGAUUAAAGAUGAAGACCACGACGAGCGGAUCACCGCUGAACUAGAGAAUGCCAGCAACUCACCAGGGGCGUCCAAGGGACCUCAGUCGACUGUAGCGGCCAGACUGAAGCACCUCCAGCAGGGCAGCUUGGAGAGGCCCAAGACCAGGAAGCAGAGAGAGGACUUCCCCAAGAUCCAGGGCCAACAGCAGGACAAUGACCCAAAACACACCUCCAGGCUUUGUAAGGGCUAUUUGACCAAGAAGGAGAGUGAUGGUGCUGCAUCAGAUGACCUGGUUUCCACAAUCCACAAUCACAAUGGUAAAAAUAUAGAAAAACCCUUGAAUUAGUGGGUGUGUCCAAACUUUUAACUGGUACUCUCUCUCUCUCUUUCGCUCUCUCGCUCUAUAUAUACACUACCAUUCAAAAGUUUGGGGUCACUUAGAAAUGUUCUUGUUUUUGAAAGAAAAGCACAUUUUUUGUCCAUUUAAAUAACAUCAAAUUGAUCAGAAAUACAGUGUAGACAUUGUUAAUGAUGUAAAUUACUAUUGUGUAACUGGAAACGGCAGAUUUUUAAAAUGGAAUAUCUUCAUAGGUUUACAGAGGCCUAUUAUCAGCAACCAUCACUCCUGUGUUCCAAUGGCACGUUGUGUUAGCUAAUCCAAGUUUAUCAUUUUAAAAGUCUAAUUCAUCAUUAGAAAACCAUUUAGCAAUUAUGUUCGCACAGCUGAAAACUGUUGUUCUUAUUAAAGAAGCAAUAAAACUGGCCUUCUUUAGACUAGUUGAGUAUCUAGAACAUCAGCAUUUUUGGGUUCGAUUACAGCCUCCAAAUGGCCAGAAACAAAUAACUUUCUUCUGAAACUCAUCAGUCUAUUCUUGUUCUGAGAAAUGAAGGCUAUUCCAUGCGAGAAAUUGCCAAGAAACUGAAGUGUCUUGUUUGAGAAACAGACGCCUCACAAGUCCUCAAUUGGCAGCUUCAUUAAAUUGUACCCGCAAAACAUCAGUCUCAACGUCAACAGUGAAGAGGUGACUCCGGGACUCUGAGUUGUAAAGAAAAAGCCAUAUCCCAGACUGACCAAUAAAAAGAAAAGAUUAAGAUGGGCAAAAGAACACAGACACUGGACAGAGGAGCUCUGCCUAGAAGGCCAGCAUCCCAGAGUUGCCUCUUCACCGUUGACAUUGAGACUGGUGUUUUGCGGGUACUAUUUAAUUAAGCUGCCAGUUGAGGACUUGUGAGGCGUCUGUUUCUCAAACUAGACACUCUGAUGUACUUGUCCUCUUGCUCAGUUGUGCACCGAGGCCUCCCACUCCUCUUUCUAUUCUGGUAAGAGACAGUUUCCGCUGUUCUGUGAAGGGAGUAGUACACAGCGUUGUACGAGAUCUUCAGUUUCUUGGCAAUUUCUCGCAUGGAAUAGCCUUCAUUUCUCAGAACAAGAAUAGACUGACGAGUUUCAGAAGAAAGUUCUUUGUUUCUGGCCAUUUGGAGCCUGUAAUCGAACCCACAAAUGCAGAUGCUCCAGAUACUCAACUAGUCUAAAGGCCAGUUUUAUUGCUUCUUUAUCAGAACAACAGUUUUCAGCUGUACUAACAUAACUGCAAAAGGGAUUUCUAAUGAUCAAUUAGCCUUUUCAAAUUAUAAACUUGGAUUAGCUAACACAACGUGCCAUUGGAACACAGGAGUAAUGGUUGCUGAUAAUGGGCCUCUGUACGCCUAUGUAGAUAUUCCAUAAAAAACAGCCGUUUCCAGCUGCAAUAGUCACUUACAACAUUAACAAUGUCUACACUGUCUUUCUGAUCAAUUUUAUGUUAUUUUAAUGGACACAAAAAUGUGAUUUUCUUUCAAAAACAAGGAAAUUUCUAAGUGACCCCAAACUUUUGAACUUUAGUAUAUAUAUAUAUAUAUAAAUAAAUAGGCAACUAGGUCAGUGAAAUGUAGUGAACUGUCUGUGAUCAAACAAACAAAAGACCUGUUCAACUGUAUGUUUAACAUAUGCAAAUAAUAUGAAUGAAUUUAUGUUGGAGUCAGCUGAAUAUAUUGGACAAACAUGCAUCUACUGUAUGUGAACUGUAUGUACAGUGUGGGUAAAAUAAAACCACAUGCGUAGGCUAUUUUGUGUACUGUAAUGCAUCAUGUUAGGCUCAUUCUUUCAACAAUACAUGACUGCUUCAGACAUGAACAAACGAGGUCAUUUUGAACCAAUAGGAUUUAACCAAGACCGUACCACAACAUAAACAAGUUUUUCCCCCUUCAUUUUAUCCUGAGGGGAAAAUAUGCACAAGCUGAGAAAUCGGCAAUGUUAAAAUCAACAGGAGUGAAGUUUGUGUGUGCACAACAUAUGAAUGCCUAGGGGUUAUCUGAUCAAAAAGGCUUAGUUGGCAUUAUACUAUUUGAUACCUGAGGACAUUGUGUGGACAUGCACACUACACAGCGCUAGCUACAUUCACUGUUCCAAUAGCUGUCCAGAAAGACUGCCAACAGGCAAUGCCUAACCUCUUUAUCUAGCUUGAACAGGUGGACUUUUUGUGUGUCCCUGAAUGGAUGAUUUUGGCGUUAAUGCGCAUUAUCUGGGGAAUGGAGGCUCUCGUGGGAGAUUCCCUCAAUCUCCUGCGAGCGAUGGCACACCUGUCUCUUCCUGUCCUUGUACAGGAUUUUCGUGAUACAGGCCCCAAGAGCCACAGAUGUCCUGGUGUCCCUUGAGGCAAAGAUGCGGAUCAUGUCCCUAUCGAUUUGACACAAGCUGAUGUCAAUGAUACUUUCCCAUACCUUUUUCAGACUACAAAGAUUGUCAAAAUUGCGGUACCAAUUUUUGUCUCUAUCCCUCCUUUCACAAUUACCAAUUGCCCCUCCCUUUCCCCACCUGAAUGUACAGACUGUAUGAAAUUCCAUCCCCCAUGUAGACCAAAGCUGGUGUAGUCUUCCACUGCUCUUCAUCCCACCCAGUCUAUCUCACUGUGAGCAGUGGGCCUCCCAAGGACACAUGAGGAAAACAUAGCCAGACAGGGCUGACAUUGAUCUAAAUCUACAUCAACGCAACCAGCUCUCUUGGCAUCCUUAAAGGCACGCCUCCCCUCUCCUCUCCUCUCCUACCUCCCUUUGUACAUGGUCUCGGCUUAAUAGGAGGUCUGCGUUGUUAAUCUUGGGUGAUUGUCUUAUUUGUCCCCCUAAUCCUUUUGCCCCGUUGAAUGGUUGGACGUGUAAACGAAUGUGGCAGCUGUGUGGGGGCCCAUAGACAUCUAACCGGAGGGGGAAAUCUCUUGUUCGCUAAAGGUAAUGGUAAUUCAUUAGCGUUGGCAUCAAAUCAAGCUUGAUGAGUCAGCGAGACAGGCUCAGCGCCAUCUUUCUUCUCCUGGGGUUUGUUUGGGUCUCCAUGGCUCUAUGGAGAAGCCCCUGUAGGUGCCAUUCAGAUCAGUCCAUUUAGUCUGGCAGGCAGCCCACUGUCUGGACAAAGAAAGCAUCUUAACUGUUUCAGACAGGAUGAAUUCAUUGAAAAUGUGUGUUGUUUCGGAGUGAGCAUUGUUUGGUUGACGCUAACGGCCAAUCGUAGCUUUUGAUUUUAGCCCCAUAUAUGUACCCAGACUAGCCAGCAGCCGAGAGUAGAAGUUCAAACAAAGGCGUAAUCGACCAAUCGCAGAGCAAGAAAGUAUGCCUAGGGUUAACCAGGGUGAAAGUAGAGUUCAACCUUCACUUAUAAAGAUCAUAUAAUAUUGGAACGCCUAUUAUCCUCUGCUAAAAAUGUUCUAGGUAUAGCAUGCCCUCUAUUACAUAGUUCUCCAUUAUAGCUCUCCUAGUCCAUGUUCCUAUCCUCCUCCACGUCUUCCUCUCUUCUUCUCAUCUCUCAAUCCUUAUUUCCUUUCCUCUUCUCACUUCACCCCUUCCUUUCCUCUCCCCUCCCAACUCACCUUCCUCUCCUCCCCACUGUGAGGAAGCUAAAUCAAGACAGAUUGCCCGUCCUCAAGCCCUGACAGCAGUGCCGUACUGAUCACAGCAUCACUUCUCCAGCUCUGCCUACGCUCAGCUUAGUGACAGCCACAAUGCUCUGAUCUCGACACCAGCCUGACGGCUGAUGCGCUGAACACAGCGUCCCCUGUGGCCAAUCGGGGGAAAUACAGAGGGCUGCAGCACUGGCUGUAGCAUAGUACCCCAUGUGGCCAAUUAGAUGCAUAUGGAAGCUGGAAGAUAAUCAAUGACUAAGACAGUAGCUCUUGACUCGUCUGUCUCGUAUCUGGAAGGGGUCACCAGAUAAGGGCAAAGAACUGGGAAACCAAAUGUGAUCUUAAAACACUGUUAGAACCCUUAAAAAAUACGAGAAUACAGAGGAAUAUCCUGCCGACUGCCUUUUCACAGCCUCCCUAUUGCAUUAGGCUAGGUCUGGAGCUGAGAUGGAGAGCAUUUGAGUGAAAAUGUGUAUUUUCCCAGUUCUGAGGGGAACUGCUUUUAUCCUUUGCUAUCAUGGUCAGUUUAAGUACUGGGAUAAACACUGAAGCUAAUAUGGGUGACAACAAGAUUCAGCACAGGAUCUCACUUCUGACACCCAAAUGUUGUAAAUUGAAUACACAUUGAUCCUGGAAUCUCACAGUAAACAUUAGCACAGUUUUAUACACUAGCCAGCUUGUCAUCAUUGCCACUGCAUUAUGAAGAUUUACACAAAAACAAUGACAGGUUUUCUGCUGUCUGACAUAUUGCUUGAGGAAAGUGUCAACGUUUUGCCACGGAAAGACUCUGUGCACUAAUAUAUAGCACUGGCACAAAACAUAUACAUUACUGGACAUGAUACAACGUUAAAUCAUAGACAUUAAUAUAAUGUAUUAUUUAUCUUAAAUAUAGAAAUGAGAGCUAAUGAAAAUGAAGACCAUGUAAUUAACCUCAGAAUAAUCUAAAUCAUAUCAGAUAUACAGUAUAUUGUGAGAGAAUAGUACACUACCUGAUAGUUAUUGUUUGCAGAGAUCAUAUCAUGUACAAAAUCAAAUCUUCGUCUAUGUUUUAUAUAAUCAAGAAUUUUUGUAUUUUUAUACUUGAAAAGAGGCUUCAUAACCACAUUUUAGAUACAUGUAUUCUGUAAAUUAGUUUAUGAAUGUGUGUUUAGUUUUUUCUUGUCAUUGUUUUGGUUCCUGACUAACUACUUAGACCAUUGAACACAUUGUUACUAUAAUUUCUUGUCAUAGAUUCAUUUGAUUCAUGGCAGGAUUACAAAGAAGACACGCAGUUCAAAAAUAUUUUGGGAGUCUUGUUUGGGAAACGACAGACUCUCCCAAUAGAAAUAAAUGAGGACGGGUUGUCAACUACUUACAGUACUAUUUCAGCCAACUGGCACGGAUAGAGGGAGAGGGGAAGAAAGAAAUAGAGAGCACAUUUCCUCAUCCCUCUUUACAAGUACUCACUGACGACUACCCACAACUCUCUUCUUCUAUUGUACUUAAAAGUAAAAAAAAAUAUAAGAUGUCCAAUAUGGUUUCAUGAUGAAUGUAUGGUUGUUGGAGGUCGUCUGUGAGUGUUAUAAAUCAUGUACAUAGACAGAAAAUAUGUUACUUCUAUGGAUUUGUAUGUGAAUUUCUUUUCUUUUUUUUUGAGAGGAAUGUAAUCCAAACAGCAUGCACAUACUGUACAUUCCUGGAAUUUGCACGCUGGGAUGACGAAAGGUUCUGUUACUUCUGUGAAUAACUCUACUGUAUAACUCUCAGUGUAUGUUAGAUCAAACACGGUACAGGACAAUAGAUUUUGUAUCAUGUGCAACAAGGUCGGUCAAGACCCAUUUUACUGUCAACGUUAAUGUAAAGAAAAAGAGAUUAAAAUAUUGAAGAGCAACUACUGUUAUUCAGAGAGUGAUGCUUGCUGUGUGAGAUAAGUGUUGUUUGUGAGUACUGAAGAAGAAUGGUGAAGUAACAUAGUAUGAAUGUUAAAGAGCAACUAACAGUGCAAAUGCUAUGCCAAUUCUAUGUAUUGAAAGAACUGUUGCUGCUUUUUGUGAGAAAAUCAACUAUGGUACUGAACAGACCGCUGCUUUUGUACCUUCCUGUUGUUUUUGUGAGAAUAAAAGUGAUCCUCUUGUACACGAA